UCCCCAAAAUUAGAAACUGAGCAGCAGCAACAAAACGCGGAGCAGCUCCUUGGAUUCCAAGCGAGAGGCUCCGACGCUGGGUCACUUUGCAGCUCGCAGACCAUGUCGCAGGAAGUGCACGUUGUUAAGAAGAAACGGCCACCGAUGAAGGAGGAAGAUAUUAAAGGAGCUCGAAGUAAACUGGGAAAAGAACAGAAAGUCCAGUCGAAAACGUUCCGCGUAAUGCAGCAAUGCGAGAAGGAAGGUGGAGCUGCUCCUUCUGUUUUCAGUGCCGCGAGAACAGGACAAGAGACAGUUUUCACAAAGGGAACCAGCGAUCAGCCGAAGAGCGUCUUCAAUAAAUGA